AAUAAACAAAUUUAUUUAAUUUUUAUGUCUAGUCAAGAAUAAGAAAUAGACAAAGAAUUAGAUUAAGAAUAAGAAAAUGGAUGCGAUUAAGAAGAUUAAGAGGAACAAGAUAGAACCUUAUCUGGAAAAAAGAAAUAACCUAAAAAAUAUGAGUAUUUAAUAAUAAUAAAAUAUUAUAGACGAAUUACUGAAGGUCUUAGUAAUAGGAAGCCAGGAUAAAAAUUUACACCAGAAGAGGAUAGAUUGAUUUUAGAAUUGGUUCAAAGUAUUGGGCCAAAAUUCUAAAAAAUUCAUAAACAUUUCCCUGGCAAAACUUUGGCUAUGGUUAAGAACCGAUAUUAUAAAUAUUUAAGAUAUAGGUGGGAAGUACUUGAUUAAUAAAAUAAUAUAACUGAAUAAAAUAAAGAAACUAACAAGCAAAAUCACCAUUCUAAUGAAUCUUAUGAAAUAUUAUGUGAAAAAUAAAAAAAAAUCAGUAGCUUAUUGCAUUAGGAGAGAAAUGAUCUUGUAAAUUCAAUAGCACAACGCGCUUCGACUCCUAAUGCAAAGAUAUUUGUGGAAUAUUUAAUAGAUUAAAUGUUAUGAUAGAUAAU